AUGGCAGACAAGUGCUGGUUCGUCCUGAAGCAAACGCACUACCCCCCUCCAGCCUUUCCCAUAAAUGGGGCCGGGAGUGUGAGUGGAAGCGGACCUCUUUGCUGGGGACAUAUCAUUCCCAGCAUUACAAAGCUUGACAAUGUCAUCAAUCCACGUGGGCCGCCUGAUAUUACUCCCGACAUAAGGAUCUAUCACACCAAAUCAUUGAAUCUGACAUGGGACGCCAGUACUCGUAAUGAACGCUCAACAUCUAGCCAAUUCAGCCUACCCGUGGGUGUUGGCAUUGGAAUGCGGAUAGGUGCCGACUUGGGAGCAUCGUUCCAGCAAACCGUGAAAACAUUUUGGCAAUUUGAGUCACUUGACAGCUACAUUUUCCAGCCUACGCUUGAGUACGUCGAGGAUGCAAUGGAAAGUGACGAGGUUCAAGCAUACCUGAAAAGGCGUGGCGGGAUAAUUUCAACAUCCUUGUUCAUGAUUACAGGAAUCAUAGUCGCUCGUGGCGGUGAGGGUCUGGUUUCAGUGAUGCAAAACAAAAAUCCACACGGUGGCCCCAAAGUAGACAUGGCCAGUGUGGUCAAGUUAGGCUUUGAUGCAAGCACAUCAAAUACUGCGUCCAAUUCAGUCUCGACUGAGAAAGCCACUGACUUUGUCUGGGCUAUACGGCUUGCAAAAAUCUCAAAAGAAGGGGUAUUUGACCGGCGGUGGUCCUGCUCUACGCUAACCAAGGGCGCCACAUUCUCCAGCAACUGCAAGAUUUCGAAACGCCAGGAACUUUUCGAGGCUCUGGAAAACGAGGGCUUUGUAGGAGCACAACCAUCCGACUUGGAUAUAGAUGGUGAUAUCUAUGUAGUAGACAUGGAUGGGGCUUGCCAUGCAACUUAA